CACACAUUCUUCAGGCCUCUCGCGUCCUAUGUCGGGGUAAUAACAGGUUAGCGGCACGAAAGGCCAACCCAUUGGAGGUCUCUUUCUUCAAAAUAUAUUUUUUAUAUGCAGAGCUACAGAAAAGUAGAUUAAUUAGCUUUAUUUAGCUAGAUUUGAAUACCGGAAAUCUGAAAAAUGAUUCGCUUCAUUCUGAUCCAAAACCGAGCGGGAAAAACCAGACUGGCUAAAUGGUAUAUGCAGUUUGAUGAUGAUGAGAAGCAAAAGCUCAUUGAGGAGGUUCAUGCUGUAGUGACUGUCCGAGAUGCCAAACACACCAACUUUGUAGAGUUCAGGAACUUCAAGAUCAUCUACAGACGCUAUGCUGGUCUGUACUUCUGUAUCUGUGUGGACGUUACUGACAAUAACCUGGCCUACCUGGAGGGCAUUCAUAACUUCGUGGAGGUCUUAAACGAAUAUUUCCACAAUGUGUGUGAAUUAGAUUUGGUCUUCAAUUUCUACAAGGUGUACACGGUAGUAGAUGAGAUGUUCCUGGCUGGAGAGAUUCGAGAAACGAGCCAGACGAAGGUCCUGAAGCAGCUGCUCAUGCUGCAGUCACUUGAGUAGAGACGUGACUGCAUCACAGCCAUACACCACCACCACAGCAGCAGCAUCAGGAUCCUCUCGAACCUGCUGAAAGCCAGUCUAUAUUGUUUCUGUGUAUAGAUGUUGUCAAUGAUUAUACAUAUAAAUAUAACCCAACAUUUCAGCGUCUUAAAGCUGUGCUAUGUAAGAUUUUAAGAGCGUGAGUGUAUAAAAGCUUCAUAAUGCUGAGAAAGAUGACUGAAUGCUGUUGAAAAAUGAAAAGCUCGAUAUGAAAGCUUGCACCUGAUUUCUUCAACUGCCUUUUCAGACGUCCAGGUGUUUAAAUAGCAGCUUUUUUUUUUUUCAUUUAAGACCUAAUUCAGUGAUCCCUGUCAAUUGAAUACAGGUGUAUAAAUGUUUUUAAUGCCUCAUAACACCUUACAUAGUAUAACUUUACCGUUUGUAAAAUGGCACUGAUUAUGGUGUUCCCUUGCUCUUUCUCAGCGCAUUCAGUUUAUAAUUCAAUGAAUUUCAAGAUUGGACAUGCAUAUUUGUGAGGCCUCGGUAGUCAGUAUAGUCUCAGGUUUUUUCUCCUGGCUGUAUUUUUAUGUUGCAAGGUUAGAAUUUUGCCACGCGAGGGUCUCACUGAUUCGUCCCUGCCCAUUAACCCAUUAACACUAAACUGCUGAAUAACCAGCGUGAUAUAUAAAACUGGAAUUUCUGAGAAGCUAUUUGAGACCUGUAUGCAAUCUUGUAUAAAAAGGAGCAAACACAAUUUCAGAGUAAUACCAUUAGUUCUGGGAAUUUUUGUAGUGUGUGUGUGUAUGUAUAUUAUCUACAUAUUCAUCUGUUUUAGUUCACUCAUAUGGUCUGAAAUAUGAGCUUCAUUCCAGUAGGCAAAUGCUUCUCGGUUUUUGCUUAGUUACCAGUACCAACAUGCACACAGUCAAACCCAAACUGUUCAGCGUUAGCCCACUGGCUAUACGAGCAUUUAAGACACCUUGAAGAAGUCGAGCUGUUAGCAGUAAUUGUGGCGUGUUGGGUGAAUGAACAAAGGCAGACAGUGAUGGGGAGCUUGUUUAGCCAGCAAGGCCGAACAGAUCUUACAGCACUCACAGGGAAAAAUACACAACAAAAGACUGCAUCUACUUUUUAUCUCCAAUUUCUGUGGCUCUUCUCCCAACUAGCGCUUCCAUAGCAACAGCUCUGGUGAGCCUCGAGCCUCUUUGGACCGGUUUUCUGGAAUCUGAUUAAGCUUAGGCCUGGACCAUUACCUGUAAGAAAUGAUCAUUCCUUAGUACUUUUAGCUCUCUAGCUCUGGACUAAGCUUAAUCAGAAUCUCUCAUUCUGCUCCAUUAAACGUUAAAAGUUUUUAAUGUGUCUUAUUUUUUAUCUUUUCAGUGUCAUUUUCUUUUUGUUUUCAUCUGAAAUAUAUUAUGCACUUGUCCUUGUGAGAUUGCAGAGUGAAGGUAAUGUGUUUUUAUUCCCUUUGUUCAGAUCAAUAUGUACUCAUAAAAGGAAAGAGAAAUAAAAGUAUCAAAAUCAGG